UCCUGAGGGGCGUGGAGGGCCUGGCGGAUCCAGGAUUCCCCCAAACUUGGGAACGCGGGGUUACCAGGGACAGAGCGGAGGAGUAUCCGAGGAGCCCUAAACGCGAGGAUUCUUGAUGAAAAGCACUGUGAAGAAUGGUCUCUGCGGACCUGGAAGGGCUGAAACCCCAAUGACUUGAGAAGAGAAGGCCGAGGACCUUAAAGCAGACAUGAGUCAAGAACGAGUUACUCCUGGGCCGUGGACCAUUCACCGAGAUGGAGAAGUCCUUAUGAGGCUUUCAAAACACGGGCCAGGCCAUGAGACCCCCAUGACCAUCCCUGAAUUUUUUCGGGAGUCAGUCAACCGAUUUGGGACUUAUCCAGCCCUCGCAUCAAAGAAGAAUGGAAAGUGGGAAGUUCUGAAUUACAACCAGUAUUAUGAAGCUUGUCAGAAGGCUGCAAGAGCCUUACUCAAGCUGGGCUUGGAGCCUUUCCACUCAGUCGGCAUCCUUGGGUUUAACUCGGUCGAGUGGUUCCUUGCGGCUCUUGGCGCCAUCUUCGCGGGGGGCUUCUGUGUUGGUAUUUAUGCCACCAACUCUGCGGAAGUCUGUCAAUACAUCAUUGCUCACGCCAAAGUGAACAUCCUGCUGGUGGAAAAUGACCUACAGUUGCAGAAAAUCCUUUCGAUUCCAAAGACCAAGAUGGAGACCCUAAAAGCAAUCGUUCAGUACAGGCUGCCAGUGAAGGAGAGCAAAUGUAACCACCUGUACUCUUGGGAUGAUUUCAUGGAGCUUGGCAAUAGCAUCCCCGAGUCCCAGCUGGACCAGAUCAUGAAGAGCCAGAAGGCCAAUCAGUGUGCUGUGAUCAUCUACACUUCUGGGACCACAGGCUAUCCCAAGGGGGUGAUGCUUAGCCAUGACAACAUCACGUGGACGGCGGGGUCAGUGGCGAGGGACUUCAAUCUGGCUUAUGCUCCUGAGAAGCAGGAGGUGGUGGUCAGCUACCUUCCUCUCAGCCACAUCGCAGCUCAGAUGAUGGAUGUCUGGAUACCCAUGAAGGUCGGGGCUUUCGUCUACUUUGCUCAACCAGAUGCACUCAAGGGCACUUUGGUCAACACUCUGCAGGAGGUAAAGCCUACCGCCUUCCUGGGGGUGCCCCGAAUUUGGGAAAAGAUGCAUGAGAAGAUAAAGGAAACUGUUGGCAAAUCUUCAAGCUUGAGGAGAAAGGUGUUUUCGUGGGCAAGAAAUAUUGGCUUCAAGGUCAACUCAAAAAGGAUGCGAGGGGGACAUGACACUCCCAUGAGCUACCGCAUGGCAAAGGCCCUCGUGUUCACCAAAAUCAAGAAUUCCCUUGGCCUGGAUCGCUGCCGCAUUUUUAUCAGCGGGGCCGCACCCCUCAACCAAGAGACUGCUGAGUUCUUUCUAAGUCUGGACAUACCUAUAGGUGAGGCGUACGGUAUGAGUGAAAGCUCAGGACCCCAUUCCACGUCCAGCCCAGAGAACUACAGGAUUCUAAGCUCCGGCAAAGUCAUGACUGGGUGUAAGAACAUGCUGUACCAGCAGACCAAGGACGGCGUUGGGGAAAUCUGCCUCUGGGGCCGGCACGUCUUCAUGGGCUACCUGGAGAGGGAGGACGCGACUGCGGAGGCCAUCGACGAGGAGGGCUGGCUCCACUCUGGGGACCUGGGCCACAUGGACAACCAGGGCUUCCUCUUUAUCACGGGCCGCAUCAAAGAAAUUAUCAUCACUGCUGGCGGCGAGAAUGUGGCCCCCAUUCCCAUCGAGAAUCUGGUUAAGGAGAAGAUUCCCAUCAUCAGUAACGCCAUGUUAGUGGGAGAUAAGGCCAAGUUUCUAGGUGUCCUCCUGACGCUGAAGUGUGAGGUCGACAAGACGACUGGAGAGCCGCUGGACAGACUGACCUGGGAGGCCAUCAGGUUCUGCCGGGAUGCAGGCAGCCAGGCGUCCACCGUGUCCGAGAUCUUGGAGCUGCGAGACCCCUUGGUCUACACGGCCAUCCAGAAAGGCAUAAAUGCCGUGAAUCAGUGUGCCAUCUCCGACGCGCAGAAGAUUCAGAAGUGGGUCAUCUUGGAGAAGGACUUUUCCAUCGGUGGCGGGGAGCUAGGUCCAACGACAAAGAUUAAGAGACAUUCCAUAAUACAGAAAUACAAAAAGCAAAUCGACAACUUCUAUCAGUGA